GGGGGGGAAGAGAGGAGAGAGGAGGCGCCGGCGCCGCGGCGGCCUAAGCCGCGGGGGGGCGGGGGAAAGGGGCACCAACAUGGCGGCUCCAUAUUAACUUUCCCCCCCUUCGGCAGCCGCUGCCACCGCCCGCCGCCCCCUCGCCUUGAUAGCCGUCAUGCCGGGCAUGAUGGAGAAAGGAGCCGAACUCCUGGCGGGCGCCAAGAGUAGGGCGGCCCCCAACGGCACCAAGAACAGCGGCGGCAGUGGCAGCCCCGGUUCCAACGGGCACUUUUCUGAGGCGGAAUGCGGCGGCGGCGGCGGCGGUGUUGUCGGCGGUGUUGGCGACAGUGGAGACGAGCACGAUGUAGGAAUGAGGGUCGGAGCAGACUAUCAAGCUCGCAUCCCUGACUUUGAUCCUGGAGCUACAAAAUACACAGAUAAAGACAAUGGAGGGAUGCUUGUGUGGUCUCCAUAUCAUAAUAUUUCAGAUGCCAAGUUGGAUGAAUAUAUUGCAAUAGCAAAGGAAAAACAUGGCUACAAUGUGGAACAGGCACUUGGCAUGUUAUUCUGGCAUAAGCACAACAUUGAGAAGUCCCUUGCAGAUCUCCCAAAUUUUACUCCUUUUCCGGAUGAGUGGACAGUUGAAGACAAAGUCCUCUUUGAACAAGCUUUCAGUUUCCACGGGAAAAGCUUCCACAGAAUCCAACAAAUGCUUCCAGAUAAGACUAUUGCAAGUCUUGUAAAGUACUACUACUCUUGGAAGAAAACUCGUUCUAGGACAAGUUUAAUGGACCGCCAGGCUAGGAAGCUGGCUAACAGAAAUAAUCAAGGUGACAGUGAUGAUGAUGUGGAAGAAACUCAUCCAAUGGAUGGAAAUGAUAGUGAUUAUGAUCCUAAGAAGGAAACUAAAAAAGAGGGAAGUAAUGAGCAGCCUGUUCAGUCCAGCAAAAUUGGAUUGGGUAGAAGAGAAUAUCAGAGUUUACAACAUCGUCAUCACUCCCAGCGUUCUAAAUGCCGCCCUCCCAAAGGCAUGUAUCUAACUCAAGAAGAUGUAGUAGCCGUUUCAUGUAGCCCCAAUGCUGCCAACACUCUUCUUCGGCAGCUAGAUAUGGAGUUGAUCUCACUGAAGCGACAGGUUCAGAAUGCUAAACAAGUAAACAGUGCGCUUAAGCAGAAAAUUGAAGGUGGGAUAGAUGAAUUCAAACCUCCUGAGUCAAAUCAAAAAAUCAAUGCUCGUUGGACAACAGAAGAACAACUUCUUGCAGUUCAAGGUGUCCGCAAGUAUGGUAAAGAUUUUCAAGCUAUUGCUGAUGUAAUUGGCAACAAGACUGUUGGUCAAGUGAAGAACUUCUUUGUAAACUACAGGCGUCGGUUUAACUUAGAGGAGGUAUUGCAGGAGUGGGAAGCAGAACAAGGAACCCUGGCUUCUAAUGGUGAUACUUCUGCUUUAGGGGAGGACACAAAAAAUACUAAUGUGCCAUCAGGAAAGAGCACUGAUGAAGAAGAUGAGGCCCAGAUCCCACAGACCCCUCAGUGUGUAGGGUCUUCUCCACCUGCCCAGGCAUCUACUCCAACACCAGCAACUCCUGUAACAACUCUGAACCAGCCUCCUCCAUUACUUCGUCCAACCCUUCCAGCUGCUCCAGCUCUCCAUCGUCAGCCUCCACCACUUCAGCAACAGGCUCGAUUUAUUCAGCCAAGGCCAACCCUAAACCAGCCCCCUCCACCACUCAUCCGCCCAGCUAAUUCCAUGCCUCCUCGUCUAAACCCAAGACCAGCAUUAUCCUCCACUGGCGGCCCACAGCCACCAUCGCUUGUUGGAAUCCAGACAGAAUCACAGUCCCCUCUGCACUAAAGAAAUAGGGCAGAACUAUGGUGAAUGACAAAAUGUAUCAGUGUCUAUUUUUCCUCAGAUAAUGACGGGGAAGGGGGGAAAGCAAGCCUUCCACAGUAUUGAAUCAGUCUUGCACAAUAAGAGCAAGGUGGAAACCUUAGCAGCAGAAAUAUGCGAUUGGCCAUCUCUAUGAAAGAAACUUCAGUGCAGUAGAUUGUUACAGCAAGACCAUGUCUGUGAAGUCAGCCUUUUAACCAGCUAACUUCUGUAAAAAAGAAAAGAAAAAACAGUGCACUAAGAUGUCAACUGGUUUUUACUCUAUUUAUUUUUUGAAAUUCUUUAUAUUCAACUAUAUGGAAAUAAACACCAUAAGGAGAGUGUAGGAAUUUCAAUUUCAGCUCUGAAGUAGGCUGUAAACCUGAUAUAUUGGGGAAAUUAUUUUUACAUUUUCCUAUGUUAGGAGCGGAAGCAUUACUAAUGAUCCUGCCGUACAGAUUUUGACAGAACAUAACUUCAUUUUUUAGGCUUGUAUUUUCUAAAUUUCUUUAUAAAUUGCUCUUCUUCAGGAAAAAUGUUUUCAGUAUACCAGUUGGAAAAGUUGUCCUGAAGAUUUGCGAGCUAAGGUACAAAGUAGAUUAAACCUAUCUAUGUGGUCUGAUAUGGGAAGUAUGAUUUGCUAGUGCAAAAUCUGGUAAGCAGUGAAUGAGUCAGCAUCUUUGCUUUACAUUACAUAGAAAACACCAGUAACGACCUCUGUUGCCAUGUGGCUACUAAAGUUGUCUUCUCUUUUAAUAAUCUUUGUAGUCCUGCUUUUUACCUGAAAUUUUAUUCUAUUAUCUAAGUUCUGGCAAUAAGCUAGCAAGGAGUGCGCUCCUGAACUCCAUAGAUACAGGGACAGUGUGAAACAAUGAAAUAUUUAAAAUGUCUUGACCUGCCAUUGCUUCCUUCUCAGGCUACCCCAGUCUGUUUUUUGGUGCUCCUUGACAGUGCAUCUCCCCCCAUUUUUACUUGGCAUUAAAGCAAAUACCAAAUCAUGCUUUACUUAAUCAGUCAGGAAACGGCAGUGAAGCUCCAUGUUGAUUCACUUCUCUUAUUGGGGCAAGAAAUGCUGAGCUACUGAAGUCUUCUGUUUUCAUGAAAAGCUGCAUGUUUCUUCUUCACUGCCCCAGCUGACUUCCCCACUUCUUACUGAGCAGUGGCAUUUAAUAUUCCAAGUUUAAAGUUUAGAAUGAUUUUCUGUGUACAGCAAAGUUGUACCAGCCUCUUAUGUACUACAUUUUACAGCUCAAGAGUCAAAACCGUUAGAUCAACACCUUAAUCAUGAUUAAGGUGUUAAAGGGAUUUAUUCAUUCACUUUGUAUUCUCAGUCAAGAAUUUAUUUAAAUAGAAUUUCUUUUUGUUUGUGGCAUAUUAAAUACAAAUGUUCCAUCCAUGGAUUUCUUUUCAUAUAUCUGUACUCCCAGCCACAGUGCUUGAUUUUAAAUACUGGGUUUUCAAAGAAAGAAAAGCGGCACAGUCAGUUGCCAGAAUUCUUGGGACUCUGUGAUAUUGGAAAUUUGGGGGUCAUUAUUAACCCUCUGAAUUCUUCCAAUUUGUCCAUAUGUGCGUUUUGGCAUAACGCUCUAAAUACCAAACUAUUAUAACAAUGCAUUUUCAAUAUUUAAGUAUGUAGAUCAGGUCUCCCAGUAACUGUGUUGUCCUUUUUUGCUGACUUUUUUGCUAACUUUUUGUCUUGUCUCGUUGCUAGAACUUCAGUAUAAAAAAGGUUGGAUGCUGCCAUACAUAUGGCAAUUUUAGACUAUCAAAACUGUAACUGGCACUUGUGAGUGAGAUAGGUAUGUAGUGUAAUAUUGCUUUACAUACGCUAUACCACACAGUAACAAAAUGUUUAGCAUUUGUAGUACUGAAUAUGUACAUAGCAAAAUGUUGUCCUUUUUAAAAAUUGUGUGCUUUCCAGAUUAUGUGCAUACAGCUUGCACGUCCUGUUUUGGGUAGGGGGUUGUGUUAAGCAGUGUUUUUUUGCCUGGAAGAGUGAUAUGCUUGCUGCUUAAUCAAAGAAUUAAAGUUUCCAAGGAAUCUGUGUCUAUUUUUAUGUACCUUGUAAUGGUAUAAAAUGUUUAGGGCCCAUAUACUGUGAUUCUCUUUUAAAAUUCAUUUAUAUUUUUUUAAAGAUUAGAAAUAAAACUAUAUGAUUUUUCAUUUGAAAGGGGUUUUCUUUUUUGCCAUACUAUUAAAAAAAACAACCCUCCAGCUUGACUUUAUACUAUUGCUAUAAACCAUACACUAUUCAUUUUGGUUUACUUUUUGUCACUUUAUGAAAUGUAAAAUUUUUGCACUCCCUUUAAGUUGGGCAGAGAAAAUAUUUCUUACAUUGGUUUUACAGAUGUAACUUUACAGCUCCUUUUUAUGUACAGUUU